AUGCUCCGCAUCUCACGGGUAGCGCGCUGCAACGCACUCGCUGCCGCCAUCGCCGGCCGUGCCUCGCUAAGUGACGCGUUCCGCCAAGUGCAGAAUGUGUGGAACGUUGACUUCAAGGAUGGCCCGGUGACCACAAGCACCUUAACAUUCAAUGAGGAGCCUGACCCGGCUGCGCCAAUCUUUCAUGUGCUCGACUUGCAAGGCCGUGUCGUUUUGGACGACGUGAUGGGCUGCGGGGUCGCUGGGACAUCGUUUUCAGACGUCAACGAGGCUAACAAAAUUGAGCUGCAGAACGCCGAACAUGGCGAGAUAUUUCGAUAUCGCCUAAAGGACGAAGCCAGUGUCAUUACUCGCCAAGUAGCAGAGCGCAUGAUGUUGGCGAUGCUGACGCACAACACGAUGGAUAAAAUCAUGCUUGAAGCGCAGCGACAGGGCCGCAUCUCCUUUUACAUGACGAUGUUCGGCGAGGAGGCAGCCGUUAUCGGUGCGGCUGCUGGACUGGCCAGCAACGACGAACUCUUUGCGCAGUACCGAGAGGCGGGUAUCCUGACGUACCGCGGCUACACAAUUCCCGAGUUCAUCGCACAGUGCAUGGGCAACUGCGAAUGCGACUUGAAGGGCCGCCAGAUGCCCAUCCACUAUGGCAGUACGCGUCUGCAUGCGCAGAUGAUCAGCUCCCCGCUCGCCACGCAGAUACCACACGGUGCCGGCGCAGGCUACGCGUUUCGGCUCGAUAACUUCGCGCUCGCGACGAGCCUGCCGUCUGGAACGCUGUUGUCCACGGUUCCGGAGGCGCGCAUCUGUGCCACCUUCUUCGGCGAGGGCGCCGCGAGCGAGGGCGACUUCCACGCUGGACUGAACUUUGCUAGCACCGUUGGCUCGCACACCCUUUUCUUUGCACGCAACAAUGGCUAUGCCAUCUCCACGCCAACCCACAGCCAGUACAAGGGGGAUGGCAUCUUGAGCCGUGCGAUGGGCUACGGUAUCCCGGCCGCCCGCGUCGACGGCCUCGACGCGCUGGCAGUAUACCACACAGUGCGCAAGGCACGUGAGAUGAUCCUGAACAGUCACCGACCUGUCCUGGUGGAAGCACUGACGUACCGCCUCUCGCACCACUCGUCCUCGGACGACAGUAAUGCGUACCGCUCGCGGGACGAGAUUGUGCACUUUGCGGAGACCUUUAACCCCAUCCAGCGCUUUGAGCAGUUCAUGACCCAGCUCGGCUGGUGGACACCCGAGCAGUCAAAGGAGAUUGUCGAGAAGACGCGCAAGGAGGUACUCAGCGAGCUACGUCGGCAAGAGAAGCUGCCCGCAUGGCCGGUCUCCACUCUGUGCGAUGACGUCUUUGAAUACCCAACACCAGAGCUGGAGCGGCAGAAGGCGCAGCUGGUGGAGCACUACGAGGCGCAUCGGUCUACCUACGAUCAGGAAACGCUCUAG